CCAAUUACUUCUUGAGGAACAUCCCGUGUGGUAUUUUGGUUUCUAAAAGCGAGCCACAUCUUACUUUCUUCGCUAUCUACGUUGUUUUUUAAAUCUGUCGUCCUUAUCUUGCCGGUCUGCACCCAAUUAUGAUGUUAUCUUCUAGUGAAUGAAAACAAUUCGACACUUGUGUAGUUGUGCCAUUCAUUUACUGAACAGUAAUAAGCUGCUCAUUUUUGUUGAUAUUUUAAGUUCCUAUUACUAUUACCUCUAUUUCUAUCGCAAAAAAAUGAAGUGAAGAUUGUGCGCUUCUAUUUUUAGUUUAUUAUAUUUAGACUUGUUUCUUAUUACGCGACUUGAUGCGGUAGUUUUGUUUUCAUUUCAUUCCAACAACGAAACAUAGCCAAAGACCGAAGUAGUGUUGUGGCUGGAACAGACAGUCUAUUCAAAUCGUGUUAUGCUUCGCAAGUCUGAAUAGUUAUUUACUGUUGAUAAAAUAUACAGUUUUGUUUCAACUCAAUCAAGAUGGUUAAAGGAGCUUGGGUAACCUUAGCGACCAAUGACUCCUACUCAUUGGGAGCUCUAGUCCUUGCACAUUCUCUAAAGCAAGUAGGUACCCAGAAGGAGCUUGCCAUCCUUAUAACCCCAGGAGUUACAAAUUCUAUGAGGUCGAGGCUUUCCGAAGUAUUCAAUUCAGUGAAAGAAGUGAACAUAUUAGAUUCUAAAGAUAAGGCAAACUUGAAAUUGCUCCAGCGUCCAGAAUUGGGCAUAACAUUCACCAAAUUGCACUGCUGGCAACUCACAGAGUACGAAAAAUGCGUAUUUUUGGACGCAGACACAUUGGUUUUACAAAAUUGUGAUGAGUUAUUUGAGAGAGAAGAGCUAUCUGCCGCUCCAGAUGUGGGCUGGCCUGACUGUUUCAAUUCUGGAGUGUUUGUUUAUAGGCCUUCCGAAGAAACAUACAACAGUUUAGUUCAGUUUGCAUUAGAUAAAGGAUCUUUUGAUGGUGGAGAUCAAGGACUUCUCAAUUUGUAUUUUUCCGAUUGGGCACAGAAAGAUAUAAGCAAACAUUUGCCCUUUAUUUAUAACGUUUGUUCGACAGCUUUCUACUCAUAUUUGCCGGCAUUCAAACAAUUUGGAAAAGAUAUCAAAAUAAUACAUUUCAUCGGCAACGCAAAGCCUUGGUUGCAAUAUUUCGAUACGGAAUCGAAAACAGUCCGACCCAGUCGUGAUUUGGGACAUUUAGAACCCAUUCUACAAAUGUGGUGGAACAUAUUUUGUAGCAUGAUUCAUCCUAAUUUAAGUACAGACAUGAUUUCGAGCUAUCCAUCAGACCCCGUCUCAGCAAGACCACCUGACCAUUCCCCCCAACAACCCUACAUAGAAUCUCCUGUUCCAAUUGAUUGCACAAACGAAACACCCAGUGUUUGGGAUCCUUGGGAGGAAUACGAAAGAAAUCAAUCGAAUGUAAUGAUACAUUCUUCGGAGCCUUUAGAAUCUCAUAAUACAAUUGCAUUUAGCCCUGUUGCUAGUGAUCAUUCCUGCAUCGAUUGCUCAAAUAACCCCGUUCACGAUGAACCUUUUGUCGAUCACAAUGAUCAACAAUACAUUGACAGUUCAAGUAACUUUGAACAUUAUCCUAAUGACCAAAGCUGUAUUGAAACAUUUACCGAAUCUAGUCUGAAAGAAGAUAAAAGUGUUGAGAAUUGUGUGUCCUCUUUUUUUGAUACACAUAAACGUAUUUCACAUUGUAACCAUAAAACCGCCCAAGAAUCUUCGACUACAUCUCCAGUUCCUAUUCUUCCUCAAGAAAAUAGUGUGAGUGCAAUUCCUACCCUUAGCGAGACUUCUAGUCACGAAUGUAUUCCUAGUCACAUCAACGAAUUUCUUCCUGAAGUCACUCCACAUGAAUCCAUUCAAAAAGUUCCUGAGGAAAUCCCUCCACCACAAUCCUGUAUUCCAAGUAAGUACGAGACUGAAGAAGAAAGAGACAAUGUGCCUUGUGGGGUGGAAAACGAAGUACAAGAAUCUGGACUUGCUGGGGCUUUCGCAAGAUUAACUCUUGGCCAACAAAGAACUCCAGAGCAAGAAGAACUGGAAAAUUGUUUGAGGAGACAAAACUGGGAGCAAGGAAACAUAGACUAUCUUGGUAGAGAUUCUUUCGACAAUAUUUGGAGUAAAAUUUGUCAAACUCUCGCCAAAGGUCCACAAGAAGAUGAAGGCGGUGAUGCUACUCAGAUAAAAACUGACGAUUUACUACUAGAAUCUCCACAGCAAGAAGUCCCCAAAGAAGAUGUACCUCUUUCGUGCCAGGAAGCCCCUCAACCCACCGAGUCAUCUACUGAUAUCACAGCACAGAAAAUAGCUUCUACAGAUCUCUCUCCUUCGUGUCCACCGACAAAUGAAUCUUCCGACAAUUCUGUUGAAAAACCCCCUUCUACCCCAGCACAGGUUACCACUCCUGUGAAUGUGCCAUCUAGUACAGAAGAAAUUUCCGCUUCUCCUACUGAGCAAGUCCCAUCUGAGAAAGAACCUAGGAAAGAUACAUCAUCGAAGACUGAGGAACAGGCCCUAUCUCCAAAUGUACCUGCUGCAAAAGAAACUUCAACUGUAGAAGAGGUCCCCUCUGGAGAUAAGAGUUCUACAGAAGAACCUCCUAAACCUGAAUCUGAGACAAAGGUUUCUGUUGAAGAAACAUCAAAGUCAAGCAUUGUUGCACAGAUACCUGCAGAGGAAAUAUCUAAGGUUUCAACUGUUCCUAGUGAGAGUACUCCACCUUCUACUGAAGAAAUCUCUGCGCCACUUAGAUCACCGAAUUUACCUGAAGCAACUACUCCCAUGUCCGUUACUCUCGCUUCCAAAGAUGUCCCCUUAACACCUGAACAAAGAGGACAAGAAGAAUGUGUAUCCUGUCCCAUAGCAUCAGCUCCAGUCCCAACCAAACCUGAAGUUCCUAAACAAGAUAUUACGACAGAAAAUAUUUUGCCUGAACCCCAAAUUAUAUCUUCUCCACCAACACAAGAAGCUCAGCAACAAACAAAGCAAGUAGAUUCCAAACAGGAAGUUACUCCGGAAGCAACUUCAUGCAAGAGAACUCCUCCAACAACUCCUUCAACUGAGGCUCCUCUUUGUACUCCAGUUCAAAUUCCACCCCCAGAAACACCAGCUAAAGAAGAAAAUAUUAUUGAUCCUGCGGCUCAAGCCCUACCCUCACCCCCAGAGCAACCAGUCCAAAAAGUAACACCUGUGGUAGAAGCAUCUCAGAGUAUUCCUUUGACUGAAAAGAUUUUGGAGAAAACUCCUUCACUAACUGAGGCUUCAGCCCCUACAGAAUGUUCUAAACCCAAAGAGACUCCAGCACAUAUUGAACAGACCCCAGCUGAAGGAAAAACUUGCAGCCUUGAAAAAGCUCCUGCUUCCACAGCACAAGCUUCAGCUCCAUUAGUUCCUCCAGAAAAACCAUCAGCACCCUCAGAGCCGACUUCAACUAUUUCACUUGCUUCUGAUGAACCUCCACCACCAAUAGCUCCUCCCCCAAGAAAAAGCGGUGGUAAAAAAAACCAGAGUAAACCUAAAAAGUAAUAUGUUUUUAUAGGUUGGAUUUGCAUACUAAUUCUGCUUUAAUACUUUUGUUAUGGAAUUUACUUUGUAGUUCUGAAUAAACAAUCUUAUGCUGUA